AUGUCGAUUCCCACUGGGACCCAGUGUCACUUCUCAAAGGGCCUCCUGAUCUCAGCCUCAGUCCUGGCCCUCUGGCUCCCCCAAGGCUCCUGGGCAGGCCUCCGCAUCCAAAAGAUUCCAGAGAAGCCUCAAAAGGACCAGGACCUCCUCCUGUCUGUCCAGGGCAUCCCAGACACCUUCCAAGACUUCAUCUGGUACCUGGGGGAGGAAGCCUAUGGCGGCACAAGGCUGUUCACUUACAUCCCGGAGCUACAGCGACCCCAGAGAGAUGGCAGUGCCAUGAUGCAGCGUGACAUCGUUGGCUUCCCCAAUGGCUCCAUGCUGCUGCGUCACGCCCAGCCCAAGGACAGCGGCACCUACAUUGUAGUGGUCACCAUCAACCCUUACUGGGCCAUGCAGGCCAAGACUGAGGUCCAGGUGGUCGAAAAGCAUACGGAGCUGCCUGUUACACGCCUGCCCAUGAGCACCGGGAUCAUGGCUACCAUCAUCAUCGGGUCUGUUGCCGCUGUGUCCCUCUUCAUUGGCAGCAUUGCCUAUCUCCUGGUGACAAAAGGCUGCAAGAGCCGGAGCCACAGGUACAGGGGCCCCAGAGGCCAGGGGUCUUUGUCAGUCUUGUUCCCAGCUGUGUUCCCAGUGCCUUCAACCGUGCCCAGCUCAUGGAUGGAGACCACAGGAAAACCAGAGCUGAGCCCCAGUCAUAACGCUGGUGACAAUAUCUAUGAAACGAUGCCGUCUCCAGUCUUCCUGGUGUGCCCCCUCAGUGGCACAGGCCCCACGGCCCCAACCUUGGCCCCGCCCCCACAGCCAGAGCCAGAGAACCACUACCAGGACCUGCUGAACCCCGACCCUUCCCCUUACUGCCAGCUGGUGCAAACCCCCUGAAGAGGUCCCCCGCCAAGCCAGUGGGGAGAGGGAAAGCCCCAGGCCUCCCCUGGGGUCCUCACACCUGCAGACAAGCCACACCAGAGACCCAGCAGGACCAGGCCAUCGGAGAUGUGGGGCCGAUGAGGUGAAUUCUGCUGAAGACACAGCAUGGCGUCGGGCAGGUGUCCUAGGUGGGGGACAGGAGACAGUGACAGGCCCAGGUCCUCACUCACCCUCUGAGUGUACCACCAGCCUUUAGUCUCAUCCUUCCAGCAACCUGAUCUGAGCCACGUGCCUGGGGAAAACACGUGCCUGCCCCCUCCUCCUCCCUUGAGAUAUUUGAGGGUGAAGAAGGUGUUCUCAGGCCGGCCUUCAGCCAGACCUCACAGGUGCCCACUUGGCUGAGCUCCCGACUGACUGUUGGCCCAUAGUACUCCACCCCUGUUCCCUGGUUGCCUUCAGAGCCCGUUCCCCUGGGGACAAGGCAGCCCCCUACCACACAUGCCCCAGAGGACAAGGCAUGUGGCAGGGAGGGCUGGUUGUACAGGGCCUCUGGCCUCAGAGGACAGUCCUGGUCAGUAGCCAUGGCGGCCGGACCGCUUCCUUGCUCAGGCAGAUCCAGCACCUCUCAAAAUUCAGUGUCUCAGCCAAAUAAACAGAAAUAGUCUCAGAGAUAUAGAGAGAAAAAAACUGAGGGUUGCUAGAUGGGAGAGUGGUAGG